AUGGAAGACUCUCAGAAGAGCCGACCUCAGACCAGCUAUCUGCAAGAAGCAAAAUCAAGCCAGCUGCUCGAAAGAGGUUUAGAUGAACUGAACCAUUUGGAAAGGACACUCUCCAGCCUGUUGAGUUGCCUGCAGGGUGUGGAGAGUUUCCAGGCUCCCAGCUUUUGUGAGCUGUCAUUCAUGCUGAGGGUGAGCUAUGAUGAUACACUUGUCUUUGAGUCAUUUCUACUCCUAUAUCAGUGUGACAAUAGCCCAAGAAUACCCAACCAGAGUCAGGCAGACAGUUGCAUUCAUUUGGAAACAGAAAGGCUAUACCAUACCAGGGAGCUGGCAUCCAGCAAAGACAAAUCCAGAAGUGAGUCCACGUGGCCACCUAAACAGUGUGGGAUGGAGAUGAAGCCUGAAGCUUCUGAACAAGGUCGAAAACGAAAAUACAAGGAUGAAGGUGGGACAGAGAUCAAGUCUGAAACUUUGGGACAAGGUAAAAAACUGAAAUGCAAGGAUGAGGGUGGAACAGAUUUGGAGUUUGAAAAGGCCAACAAAACUCAGAAGAGAAUACCUCAGGAACAUCAAAACCAAGAGCUGCAAAGUCAACAGCCAUGCAAGGAUGAGGUAUGGGAACCCCAUCAAGAAAGUCUAAGACAACUAAAGCCCCCAGAGUGGGCCACAGGUCCACAGGAGCAGGCUGUAACUGAGAGAAUGUCUGGGGAUGGUGAUAAGGGUCUCAAGCGGCCCUGGUGUGUCAUGGAGGAAUAUGCUGAAAACCACCUAAGGCAAAAGUACCAAAGGUUACUGCAGCACCUUCCACCCAGUGAUAAUAUGCUAUCUGACACACAGAGGGCUCACACUACCCUGGUGGAUACCUUGAAGAUCAAAGGUUGUGUGGAAGGGCACAGUCAUGGAUCCAGAAAAACUCAGUGUAAUCCUAAACAAUCUACUGUUGUUACCACAAAGGAAUGUGUCCCACCAGACAAAAAAGUGAGGAUGUGUACAGAGAACUCUUCUGAUACACAGAAGAAAGAUGCAGUGAACCUUGAAGGAAGACAGGGACACCACUUGGAGCCUGACUUGCUAAGAACAGAGGCUCAAGUCUUCCUGCAUAGUGGCAGCAGCAGGUCAUUCCCCAACAAGAUGCCAGUAGUUAUAACAGAGAAAAAGCCUGUUGCAGAACAGGAAAAGGGCAGAGGAACCGAUGAAGUCCUUAAUGUUACAGAGAACAUGGAAAAGGAAGUAAGAAAUGCACUAGGUCCAGGACCCCAGGAAGAAAUCUUAACUAGUGCAUUCAAAUUGCAUAUUACUCGAGGAGAUAUCCACACACUAAAGAAUGGUGAGUGGCUCAAUGAUGAGGUCAUCAAUUUUUACAUGAAUCUUCUGGUUGAGAGAAAUAACAAAAAAGGGUACCCAGCUGUCCACGUGUUCAACACCUUCUUUUAUCCUAAACUAAAGCAUGGUGGCUACUGUUCUGUUAAACGAUGGACUCGAGGAAUAAAACUGUUUGAGAAAGAAAUUGUUCUAGUACCUAUUCACCAGAAGGUUCAUUGGAGCCUGAUAGUAAUUGACCUAAGAAAACAAAGUAUUGUUUACUAUGAUUCAAUGGGACAGACAGGGCAGAGUAUUUGUGAGACCAUCUUUGAAUAUUUACAGAAUGAGAGCAAGACUCAAAGGAACAUUGAGCUGGACCCUUUGCAGUGGAAACGAUACAGUAUGACAUCAAAGGAGAUUCCUCAACAACUGAAUGGGAGUGACUGUGGAAUUUUCACUUGUAAAUAUGCAGAUUACAUUUCCAGAGACCAACCACUUACCUUUUCUCAGCAACACAUGCCCAUCUUCAGGAAAAGGAUGGUGUGGGAGAUCCUGCAUAGUCACUUACUGUAA